UCGGUGUUCUUUGGCCGUCCACCCUAUGCGUUGUACAAUCCGUUCCUCGAUUGGCGCAAAUCGAAACUAGAGUUCAUAGUAGCGUCGCUGAUUGAGUUCGCACUCAUGGACGUGGCUUGCUUUCAGCAAGUGGUAGACGACUCUUAUGCGGUCAUCUAUGUGUGUAUACUACGCACGCAUAUGAACAUUUUAUUGAUACGCUUAAGGAAGUUGGCCACGAAUGCAGAACUGAAUGCGGAGCAGAAUUUGGAAGAACUGAAACUAUGCAUUGUGGAUCACAAGAAUCUACUGGGACUCUACAACAUCAUUGCGCCUAUAAUUUCUGUGACGAUCUUCAUCCAAUUUAUGAUAACCGCCACCAUACUCAGCGCUACGCUUAUCAAUAUCUUCGUUUUCGCCGAUCAGUUCUCAACACAAAUCGCCUCCUGUUUCUAUAUACUGGCCGUGGUGGUAGAGAUCUUUCCGCUUUGCUACUACGCGCAGUGUCUCAUGGACGAUAGCGAACGCCUAUCGCAGCAGAUCUUUCACGCAAAUUGGAUAGAACAGGACGUGCGUUUUAGGAAAAUGAUGGUUUUCUUCAUGCAGCGCACUCAGCACGUGAUGGAACUUAAUGCCGGCAAGAUAUUUCCCAUAACAUUGGGCAGCUUUCUGAGUAUUGCGAAAUUCUCAUUCUCAUUGUAUACGCUGAUCAAGAAAAUGGGCAUCAGGGAGCGAAUGGGGCUGGAGUAAUGGCAAGCAGCAGUAGUCUCUUCAUGAAAAUCUUCUUAAUUCUAAACAAUAAAAAUUGUGGGCCAAACUUCGA